UUAGUAUACUUAUUAAUUUAUCUGAAGAUAUGAAAAGGCGACACUGCGAGAAAGUUUUGAUUCGUAUUCACAAUUUUGGUACACCAUUGAUUUCUGGGUCUUCUGGUUUGCCUGUAGAGUCACUUCACAUUGAAUCAGAUCGGCCGUACACGUUUGGUCGAAGUAGUAGUGAUGGGUUUUGUGAUUUUGUCUUUGAUCAUAGCUCUAUCAGUAGGAAGCACUGUCAGAUUCUAUUUGAUAGCCAAAGUCACAAACUUUAUAUUUUUGAUGGCGUGAUUGUCUUACCUUCAGGUAGUUUUAGUCAAGUUUAUGAUGAGUUUAGGAGAAGAUUAGUUGGCGUUGAGGAUUUGGGGAAUUUGAAAUUUAAGGUUUCUUUGAAUGGUGUGUUUGUUAAUCGUGUUAGGGUUAGGAAAGCUAAGAUUCAGGAGGUUACUAUUGGUGAUGAGGUAUUGUUUGUUUGCGGGAAGGAAGGGUUGUGUUAUAAUCAUGGUCGAGUUGGGUUUGUGGUUCAAGAGAUUGGUUUUGAAGGAAGAGAUACUUCGAUUGUAUCGGUCUCUUCAGGACAUUCUCGAGGAACUUUUUCCAGUGGGAAGAGAAGCAAAAGGGUUUUUGCUCCGAUGGAAAACGAGAUUGAUUCUCCAGUUUCUGGGUUUUGUCCACCUAAAGCUGUUGGUGUUGUUGAGAGAGUGAAUUCUCUUGUAAGCUAUUGUAGACAUAUAUUGAGCAGUGAUGAUCCUAUGUCUUGCCUUAGGGUAUCUAUUAUCUCAGAUUCUGGAAAGGAAUGUCUAUCUUGUUGUACAUCCAAAAUGUUAAGGUCGAAAGUAAGUAUAGUGGCAGAUAAUAGAGGAGUUAAGAGUGCGGAGACAAAUCAUGAGAUGGGUUAUGGUUUGUCCGGUUUAAGGUUGAGGGUUGAACGGCCAAGCCCAAGUUUACAUCUAGAUAGAAGACUAGGUGUCUCUGACUUGAUUAGCGAAAUAGAAAAUGACGGUGCUGCUUGUAUUUCUGUCAGUGAUAAGACUAGGACUAUGCUUCCUUUUGAUGGGGAAAAAGAAAACACUCCCGAUAUUAGUUGCAUCAAUAAAGAGAAAAGUCAUCUAUGUUCUCUCCCAGCACCUGGGAAGAACUUUUAUCUAAAUCGUCUUCAAUAUAUUGAACAAAACUCAACUGGUAGUCAACGGGUGGUUUCCUUGCCAGAACUUCUUCACCCUGUGGAAAGCAUUCAACAAAUCUUUAUUGCAACAUUCACAAGUGAUAUCUUAUGGUUUCUUACCUGUUGUGAGAUACCUAGCCACUUGCCUGUGACUAUUGCAUGUCACCAUGCGGAGAGAUGUUGGAGUUCAAGCCCUGAUGCAAGAUCUGCUGCUCCUUUGCCAAAUUACCCAAAUGUAACUAUGGUGUUUCCACCAUUUCCUGAGGAAAUUGCAUUUGGUAAAGACUGCAAGAACCGUGGCAUUGCUUGUCAUCACCCCAAGCUGUUUAUAUUGCAAAGAGAAGAUAGCAUUCGUGUAAUUAUUACAUCUGCAAACUUAGUGGCAAGACAGUGGAAUGACGUGACCAACACAGUUUGGUGGCAAGAUUUUCCACGAAGAGCAGACCCUGAUGUUUUAUCCCUUUUCGGCCAUUGCCGAAGAGAAACCAAUCAUGGUUUAAAACCAGAUUUUUGUGCUCAGCUGGCUGGAUUUGCUGCAUCACUUUUGACUGAUGUUCCAAGUCAGGCUCAUUGGAUUAUUGAGUUCACGAAGUACAACUUUGAACACUCAGCAUGUCACCUUGUGGCUUCAGUGCCUGGAAUUCAUUCUUAUAAGCCAUCUUAUCUUACAGAGUCUGUUUGCUCAAAUACCAUUUUCAAUGAAGAAUUUCUGGGAUCUGUUGAAGCAUCUGUCGUAGGUCUCAGUUACCUUUUCCGUUCUGCCAAUGAUUCCACAGGAGCACAACUGAAACGACUGGCUUCAUAUAUCCGCAGAGCCCGGGAAAAUUCUCUCGGAAUGUUGGAACUUGUUUUGAGAAGAAAUACGAAUGUGCCUGCUGACGCGAAUGCUGUGAGCGUCCUUGUUCCUAACCCAGAUGAUGAUUCAAGAGAUGAUUUUGUCCAACUAGGCUUUUUGCCACGGAAUAUUGCAAAAUGGGUGUCUCCUUUGUGGGAUAUUGGGUUCUUUAAAUUUGUGGGAUAUGUGUAUCGGGAUGAAGUCCUUGGAGCUGCUUCUUGUAGGAGCAACGAGAAGGGAGUGUCCAUUUCAGAUGUGUCAAAGUUGAUUCAACCUAAUCAUGUUGUUGCAUUGUGCUCGUUGAUUGCUUCAGUUCAGAGAUGUUCUGGCAUUUGGAGGCUACAAGAGGUGUUAGGCCGUUACAAGUGGCCCGAAUCUCUGGAAUCUGAUUUCGUCUACAGUGCAUCCUCGAUUGGAGGCUCAGCAACUUCAGGAUUUCAAGCUGAUUUUUCAUCAGCUGCAGGUAAAAAAGCGUUACAGCAUUUUGACUCCCAGGAAUCUGAUCCAGAGUGGGGAUGCUGGAGUAAUAGGGAAGAACGGGAAGCUCCUUCCAUUAAAAUCAUCUUCCCUACCAUUGAAAGAGUCAAGAAUGGCCAUCAUGGUGUCUUGUCUUCAAGACGUUUGCUUUGCUUCUCUGAGAAAACCUGGCAAAAGUUGAGACAUAACAAUGUGCUUCACGAUGCUGUUCCUAAUCCUCAAGAUAGAGUUGGACACCCGAUGCAUAUCAAGGUGGCUAGGAGACUCUUUACGUCCACGAGAGGUUCACGACCUUCUUCGUUUGGUUGGGUUUACUGUGGCUCACAUAAUUUCAGUGCAGCUGCCUGGGGACAGAUCAUUUCCAGAUCCUCCAGGAACAACCAGGACCAGUCCCACAAUGCCAUCAGAUCAGUUAAAAAACUUCGUAUAUGUAACUAUGAGCUCGGGAUCGUCUUCGUUUUCCCUCCACCUCAUGAAGAAAUGGAUUCAUGUGACCGGUCCAAGAUCAAUGAUAUUGUGUUGCCGUUUAUUGUACCGGCUCCAAAAUAUGGAUGGAGUGAUAGACCGGCUACAGGUUUGGCUAUGAGAGAAGCUUUGGCUGAGUUUAGGGAAGGCCCUAGAAGUUUCUGUGGAGAAUCAGAAGCUGAGGAAGAAGUGGAAGAAGAAGAUGAAGAUGAAGAUGAAGCUGAAGGAAGAGUAGAGUUUGUUGUAGAAGAGGAGAAGCAAGAGGAAAAGGCUUAUGCUGAGGCCUUGUGGAGCCAGUACAUUGAAGGAGAUGAUGUGACACCAAUCCCAGAGGCCAAACCCCAAGUGGCGCAGUGGUUCAAGGCCAACGUCGCUCCAUUGGCUCAACGUAAAGGCUUAGAUCCUGCUCUCGUUGCUGCUGAGGCUGCUCCACGUAUCAUCAACGUGAAUCCAAAGGGAGGUGAAUUCAAAACACUAACGGACGCAAUAAAGAGCGUUCCUGCAGGGAACACAAAGCGGGUGAUCAUAAAGAUGGCUCCUGGUGCCAUGCCUGUUAUCACCUACGACGGUACCGCCGCCAAGUAUGGAACCGUCGAUAGUGCCUCUCUCAUUAUCUUAUCCGACUAUUUCAUGGCCGUUAACAUCGUCGUUAAGAAUACUGCACCGGCGCCAGAUGGUAAAACAAAGGGAGCACAAGCCUUAUCUAUGAGAAUCUCCGGAAACUUUGCUGCUUUCUACAACUGCAAAUUCUACGGUUUCCAAGACACAAUCUGUGACGAUACCGGAAACCAUUUCUUCAAGGAUUGUUACGUCGAAGGAACAUUCGAUUUCAUCUUCGGAAGUGGAACCUCUAUGUACUUGGGAACACAAUUGCACGUGGUUGGAGAUGGUAUUAGAGUGAUCGCAGCGCAUGCAGGAAAGAGCGCAGAAGAGAAGAGCGGAUACUCUUUCGUGCACUGCAAGGUGACUGGAACCGGUGGUGGAAUCUAUUUGGGAAGAGCUUGGAUGAGCCACCCUAAGGUUGUCUAUGCCUACACCGAGAUGACCAGCGUUGUCAACCCCACCGGAUGGCAAGAAAACAAGACUCCCGCACAUGACAAGACCGUGUUCUACGGAGAGUACAAGUGUUCAGGACCAGGAUCACACAAAGCCAAGAGAGUGCCAUUCACACAAGACAUCGACGACAAAGAAGCUAACCGUUUCCUUUCCCUCGGCUACAUCCAAGGAUCCAAGUGGCUUCUCCCACCACCCGCUUUACGGGGCACGCUAGACCCCGACCUCGAAGCUGCUGAAGCAUCGCGACGUGUCAUCACCGUAAAUCAAAAUGGAGGCGGCGAUUUUAAGACAAUAAACGCAGCAAUCAAAAGCAUUCCAUUAGCAAACAAGAACCGUGUGAUCAUCAAGUUGGCUCCUGGUAUAUACCAUGAGAAAGUUACCAUCGACAUAGGCCGACCGUUCGUUACAUUGCUUGGCAAACCUGGUGCGGAAACCAACUUGACUUACGACGGAACAGCCGCUAAAUACGGCACCGUAGAGAGUGCCACGCUUAUCGUCUGGGCCACAAAUUUUUUGGCAGCCAACCUAAACAUUAUAAACACUUCUCCGAUGCCAAAACCAGGUACACAAGGACAAGCUCUAGCUAUGAGAAUCAACGGCGAUAAGGCUGCCUUCUACAACUGCAGAUUCUAUGGUUUCCAAGACACUCUUUGCGACGAUAGAGGCAACCAUUUCUUUAAGAAUUGUUACAUCGAAGGAACAUAUGAUUUUAUCUUUGGAAGAGGAGCUUCCUUGUACUUGACUACGCAAUUGCACGCUGUUGGAGAUGGAUUAAGAGUGAUCGCGGCACACAAUCGACAGAGUACAAACGAGCAAAACGGGUAUUCUUUCGUGCAUUGCAAGGUUACUGGAGUCGGAACUGGGAUCUACUUGGGUAGGGCUUGGAUGAGCCACCCUAAGGUCGUCUAUUCCUACACUGAAAUGUCUAGUGUCGUCAACCCAUCUGGAUGGCAAGAGAACAGAGUGCGCGCGCAUGACAAGACGGUGUUCUAUGGAGAAUACAUGUGCACGGGACCAGGAUCACACAAAGCGAAGAGAGUGGCACACACACAAGACAUUGACAACAAAGAAGCUAAUCAAUUCCUUACCCUCGGCUACAUCAAAGGCUCGAAAUGGCUUCUCCCUCCUCCCGCUUACUAAGUCACACCCAAUCAUUACUAAAAUUCUGUACUUUUCACUAAAAAUACAUGUAUAUUGGUACAAUUGUACGUUUUGUUGUCGAAGAGUCCUCUCUUCCUGUAUAUCAUGGAGGAGUAGAGACUUGUGUAAUUUUAGUUUCAUUAUAAUAAAAUUCUUAACUUUUC